CGGACUCCACCUGAGGAUCUUAAGAAAGCAGCACCUGUAUUUCCUUUGUUAGCGUGUUGCAUCUGCAACGCUCUAUCAACAACCCAUUAACCACACUGCAGAGAUGGAUCCGAUAAUCAGUCAAAUUCAGAGUUCUUAAAAAAAGGUAUUUAAGUUUGUGAUUUUCUCUCCUAAGUAUCGAUGGAUCUCUCAUUGCUCCUGAACCUGUCUGUCAGUCCACAUGCUGUGGACUCUUUAUUUGGGAGGCCAACUCAGGGCGGCUCUGAGAACAACCUGAAAUUCAUCUGUGAGUUCAAGCACGGGCUCGGUCCACCGCAGGCGUCUGGCGAUGAUGAUUACGAUGUCAAUAUGGCGUGCGGGUCAGUGUCGGUCAUCCUCCCUGCCCAGUGCAGUGUCCACCAGCUGCGGCUAUGCAUCUGCAUGGAGGCACAGGAACAAAAUUGCCACCCAGACCCAUUUGCAGUAUUGGACCCGGAGAGAUACACUCUGCUAUAUGCCAGGGGGGAUGACUGGUACGAGGCCUACGAUGACUGUCAGGUCAUCAGGACGUUGGACAUCCCAUGGUCAUGUGACGACACCGGCCGUCUGUCGGCGCACAUAGUGGUAAAACCGCUGAUGGCAGUCGAUUCGGAGGAGAAGAAGAAACAACAGCGGUGUUUGGCGAACCUGAUCGGACACGACUUGGAGAGAGAAGCGUCUGACAGACUCGGCGAGCUCACGUUCACCCGCAGGAAACUGGCAUCUCCGAGAAGACAAGAGCUCUGGGAUCGGGAUGAUGAGUUGUAUGCCACAGAGCCUUGGGUAACGUGUGCUCCCAUUCCGAAUGACCUUCAGGACCAGCUGAACAGAAAGCUCCCUGUCACCUUCCAUUACAUGAGCAAGAUCAGCUUCAGCAUACAGGUGGACUUUAGUGCAACACCAAGUGUUCUUCUCACAUUUUUUAGAAGAGUGGCGGCAAACCAGAGGCUUGAUUAUGACACUUCGGACAGUUUGGUGUUGAAAGUCUCCGGGAGGGAGGAGUUUUUAUCAGGAGACCACCCCCUGAGCGAUUUCCUCUGGGUUCGACAGUGCUUGAAAACCAACCAAGACCUCCACCUUUCUGUGGUCCCUGUGUCGGAGCUCGCCGACGAGGCUGUCAAGUUCGUGGACUGGCCUCUUGUUGACGGUUCCAGUGGCCAGUUCAGCUCCCACGACGAUCUCCGCCUCGAAGGGAAGGAUUUGGACGACAUCUUCAUGAUAUCCUUGUGGGACUGCAACAGGAGGCUCCGAGUGAAAUUGCUUGGCUUCGACAUCCCAAACCUUCCGAGCAAAUGCCCUCAGUCUGUUUACGUAAAAGCCUCCAUACUCUACGGAAACAAGGUUCUCUCCUCGGUGUCCUCCCUUCCCAAGGCCUUCGCAGAUGAAGUGCUGUGGAAUGAGUGGCUGGACUUUGAUGUUCUCCUCAGGGAUCUGCCACGUGGAGCCAAGCUGGCUUUCACUAUUAAUGCUAGUGGUGGUGACAUCCCCCCAGUAACCAAAGACCCAAAACCUUCAGUAACCAAAGACUCAAAGUUGUCUUUUGUCAAUAAAGCACCGGACCUGCAGAAAGGGAAGGGAAAUGUGCUCUACUUUGUCAAUCUUCUCCUCAUUGACCACAGGUCCGUGCUCAGCCAGGGCCCCUACACCAUGCACAUGUGGUCCUACCCUGAUGUGGAGGAAGGGGCCAUCACCUACCAGGCAGACAAGCUGUCCUCUGCCACUAACCCAGACAUAGCAGACUCCAUGGCUAUCAGCUUCCUUCUAGACCGCUAUAGCUUCCCUGUGGUUCUGCCAAAUAGCUUCAGCAACUCUGAAAGCUCCGGCAGUCGUUCCUCCAGCCUCCCCCCGACCAAAUCAACCACCCCCUCACCCCCUUCCACCUUACCCAGCACAGGUUCUUCCUCUCUGCAUGAGAAACAUUGCCAGGACUCAUCGACAGACACUGGAGUUCUCAGAUCCCCAUCUUCAGUCACCAACACCAACAGGGCUUGCCUCAAAAGGUUCCGGGAGGAGAGCAUCCACUACGCCUCGAAUCUACCCCAAUAUCUGCGCAAUGUUGAUUGGAUGAACCGCAGAGUGGUCGAGGAUGUCCACUGGCUGCUGGGAAACUGGGAUCCUGGAGAGUUGGAUGUGACGGUGGCCCUGGAGCUGCUAAGCAUGGACUUUGCUGACAGGACGGUCAGGAAACUAGCAGUCCAGAGAUUGGAGAGCCUGUCCAAUGACGAUGUAUUGAUGUAUUUGCUUCAGCUGGUGCAGACUCUCAAAGUGGAACCUUACCAUGACAGUUUCCUCGCUCGGUACCUCAUCCAAAGAGCUCUGCGGAGCAAGAGAAUCGGCCACUUCUUCUUCUGGUAUGUCCGCAGUGAGGUGGCAGGGUGUCUGUACUUCCGCCAGCGCAUGGCUGUGAUUCUGGAGGCCUACCUGCUGGGCUGUGGUCAGGCCAUGCUCGACAGCUUCACCCAGCAGGUCCAGGCUGUGGAGGCCCUGCAGGGGGUUGCAUUAGCGAUUAAAAAACUGUACCCCGACAAGUCCGACCUUCCUCCUACAGCUCCCCUCAAGCUUCAAGAGCUUCUUAGAAACAGUAAUCUACCGAAUGAAUUCCUGGUGCCCUAUGACCCCCGGAUCAGAGCUGGAAGGAUCCUGCUGGACAAAAGCAAGGUGAUGGCCUCCAGGAAGAAGCCACUGUGGCUGGAGUUCUCCCCCAUGCCGUCACCCACCUCUGCUACACCCGUGGGAAUAAUCUUCAAAGAGGGGGACGACCUCAGACAGGACAUGCUGGUCAUUCAGACGCUGGUGCUGAUGGACUCUAUCUGGCAGGAAAAAGCUCUGGACCUUAACCUCGUUCCGUACGGCUGCAUCUCCACAGGACACAACAUAGGUAUGAUUGAGAUUGUGAGGAAUGCAGCGACCAUCGCUGCCAUCCACUGGAGCCAGGGAGGAACGUCAGCAGCCUUCAAGAACGAUGCUCUCUUUGAGUGGCUCAAGUCCAAAUGUCCACUCCAGGAAAUACACUACAAGGCCGUGGAGAGAUUUGUGCACUCCUGUGCUGGUUACUGUGUGGCCACGUAUGUGUUGGGCAUAGGAGAUCGACACAAUGACAACAUCAUGAUCACGGACCAAGGGAACCUGUUUCACAUCGACUUCGGUCACAUCUUGGGCAACAGGAAGUACUUCCUUGGCGUGAGCAGGGAGCGUGUACCAUUCGUCCUCACGCCUGACUUCCUGCAUGUCAUGGGCAGGGGCAAAGGGCGCAACAGCCUCUACUUUCAGCGCUUCAGGGACACUUGCACCCAGGCAUACCUCUCCCUGCGCUCGCACUCCCGUCUGCUGGUCACCCUUUUCUCCCUCAUGCUGCUGACGGGCAUCCCUGAGCUGAGUGCUGCAGAGGACAUGCGCUACCUGCGGGAGGCGCUCCAGGAGGAACAGGGUGAGGCAGAGGCCAAGGAGCAUUUCCUCCAGCAAAUCUCUCUGUGUGAGCAGCUGGGCUGGACUGUGCAGGCCAACUGGUGGAUCCACAUGGUGGCAGGCAUCAAGUAGAAACUCUGAAUCGUGCUGCAACAUUUUGUUAUUAUUAAUGUCUAAAUGUAAUAUUGUUUUAUUUUUUGUGGUUGUUCUCAUUGUUUCUUUUUAUGUAUUAUUUCUAAACUCAUGUACUCCCUCACCGCGGCUGUUUUUAUAGACUUUUGGCACAAAAGAUGCUCUUCCACCUUUCUAAACAGGAUGAGUCGACAGCAUGUCAAGAUCAAGUCAGCCAGAAAUCUCACUGGCACCUCAAACACGCCUAUUCUGCAUGUUUGGCUACUGAAAUUAGGAAAUGACCUUCAUCGUUAUUUUAUUUAAAUGUAAAAUUGUCUGAGUGCCCCUAUUUUUAUUCAUAUUGAGCAGAAGCUCAUAUAGUGUGUGUGUGUAUGUAUAUGUCUAUACGUAUAUAUAUAGUGUACUGUAACGUUAAAGGGGAACUGCACUGAUUUUACAUGUCAAAGUUUAAAGGUGUUGGCAACUGCAUAAGUGAAAAAAGUUGUAUAAAGCCAGUCAGUGCCAGUUGUUAACUUACUAGACCUUUGUAGUCUGUUCCUUAUCUACACUUGAUUAGAGCAAGCCCUGAUAUACAAAAAUGAGGACGUGACUUGACUGGCAUGCGAUAUACAAGGUUGAUUAAUACAAAUUUGUUCUAAAAUUCUAAAAUCCCAGAUUAUUAAAUAAAAAUGACACACCAUGCAUAUUCAUGAGGGCGUGUGUCGCAUCAUUUAGAAUACAAAUGUGGAAACUAAUAGGGUGAUGUCCACAAUGGUACACUCCUUGUCUUGUUAAACCACCUAAUACUACAGUAGGCUUUAUAUGAGAUGUGAACAAUGAGGCAUGGACAUUUGUCAGAUAUAAUACGAUGCUAU